UUUCUGUAUAAUUGACUCGUGAAAAAACAGUGACGAUCUAGUUAUGAAAACAGAAACUAAAGUAAAGCAAAUUACCGAUUCCUCUAAAGAGGCUUCGACAAAGCAAGCUGUUUUAACAGUUACAGUGAUUUUUAUUACCUCUUUAUCAGCUUUGCUUUACGUGUACACUAGUUUUCCAAAACUAACAGAAGAUGAACAGCAACAUAUGAAGUUACCAUUUCACAUUGAAGAUGCUAAAAAUUUGGGUAAACUCUUAGGACGAUAUAAAGAUCUUUAUUACUUUCAAGUGCUAGCUGGAUUAUUUAUUACAUACAUUUUCUUACAAACUUUUGCUAUUCCAGGUUCUAUUUUCCUUUCAAUCCUUUCUGGUUUUCUUUUUCCAUUUCCUUUAGCUUUGGUAUUAGUAUGCAGUUGCAGUGCAGUGGGAGCAUCACUUUGUUAUCUUCUCUCAUCCAUGUUGGGACGUAGAAUACUUUUUAAAUAUUUCCCAGAAAAAGCAAGGGUGUGGACAUUAACAGUGAAGAAGCACAAACAUCACCUUUUCAACUACAUGCUGUUUCUUCGAAUGACUCCAUUGUUACCAAAUUGGUUUAUCAAUUUAGCUAGUCCUAUAAUUGGAGUGCCUCUUGCACCGUUUGCUGCAGGCACAUUUUUUGGAGUGGCUCCACCAUCGUUUGUUGCAAUACAAGCAGGUCAAACAUUGCAAAACUUAACUUCAUCUUCUGAUGCAUGGUCAUGGACGAGUAUUAUAAUAUUGUGUGUAUUUGCUAUACUAUCAUUAGUACCUGUUUUAUUUAAGCAAAACUUGCAACAGAAGUUUGGUUUCAAUUUUAUUAAUAAUAUUGAAAUAAGUUCAAUAUGA